CGUACAAAUUCCGCCUGGAACAGCAAGGACAGCAUAAACGACUAAACGCGUAUAACGAAAAUUCAGUUUUUUAGGUUCGCGAUGUCCUGGAACUGCACCACAAAUAGCGCCGCAUUUCAUAAUACCACAGUGAAUAUUUCCAUUCCAGCCAAAUUGGUGAAACCAUGGGGCGCCGUAUAUCUGUUUCUGUGCUUCAAAGGAGCCGUUGGCAAUCUACUUAUCGUAUGUCUGACCCUGGCCAACCGAAAACUCCGCACCGGAUGCGGCUUGCUAAUCGCACACUGCCUCCUGACUUAUACAAUACUAUGUGGUUUCAGUUUUCCCAUUGUUGGCACUAGUGUUUACCGCAAACUUGUAUACGACUGGCAAAUGGACCCUAAACACUGCAAACUGUUCCAGUGGAUACAGAUGGGAGCGCGGUUCGCUUCCCACUGGUUUGACCUUUAUAUCGCUAUCAACCGGAUAGUGGCGCUGAUCUUUCCGCAUCAUUAUCGUAGAUUUUCCCGUAAAACUGUCCAGGGUUUUGUUGUGGCAUUCAUAUGGAUAGGAGCUUUUGGAACUUCCCUUUUGGGCUGGUUUGAUUGGGCUUUGACAUUUGUAAUGAUCCCAUUAGGAACAUGUGCUUGUAUACCAAAAGGACACUUUGGAAUGAUACUAUACACGAUUGUUUUCUAUCUGCCAAGUGUGAUCACGGCUGGGUUAUACAUCUCGAUUUAUCUUAAGAUU